UCUGCGGGUAAGCCAUUAUUCUGGGCUUCAGGUGCCGUGGCGUCCAGUUCCCGUGUCAUCUCCCGGCGUCCCGGCGCCGAGGCGGCGGUCCCCAAGGCCGGAGCCGCUGCGGGAGCCCCCGGUCUUAUAGAUGAUGUUCUCCAAGCUCUAAGGAAGAAGGCAAGCAAGGAUUGAGGGGCCCUAGAGAGGAGCCUUUCUUAAAUAACAACAAUGACAAGAGAAAAUUGGGCCCACAGUGCUCUGAGACAAGAGGGCCUUGUUAAAGGGAAGGAUGAUACCUGGAAGUGGGGAACCAGCUUCCAAGGGAGCAGCUCCUCUGUUUGGGAGACCUCCCACCUGCACUUUAGACAGUUACGUUACCAUGAGACAUCUGGACCCCAGGAGGCACUGAGCCGGCUCCGGGAGCUCUGUCGCCGGUGGCUGAGGCCAGAAGCACGCACCAAGGCACAGAUCCUUGAGCUGCUGGUGUUGGAGCAGUUCCUGAGCAUCCUGCCCGGAGAGAUACGGACCUGGGUGCAGAUCCAUCGCCCCGGGAGUGGUGAGGAGGCAGUGGCCCUGGUAGAGGAGCUGCAGAAAGACCUCGAUGGACCAACACUAAAAGUUCCAGUCCUUGUCCAGGAUCAGGACACUCUCCAGGAGGGUCUGAGCACUCCAGGAAUAGCACUUCCUCAUGCACCCACUGGCAGCCACAUAUCAGCUGAAAUUCGCUCAAAUCCUCUUACUGACCCAGUGGUGUUCAACUUGCUCCAAGAUCCUCAACAUGAUUCUCCUGCCCCUGAAGCUUCUGCCCUUUCCCAGGAAGAGAACCCAAGAAAUCAAUUAAUGGCUCUCAUGCUCCUGACAGCCCAGCCCCAGGAAUUGGUGAUGUUUGAGGAGGUAUCAGUAUGCUUCACUUCAGAGGAAUGGGCAUGUCUGGGCCCAAUUCAGAGGGCUUUGUACUGGGAUGUGAUGCUGGAGAAUUAUGGAAAUGUGACUUCCUUAGAGUGGGAGACCAUGACUGAGAAUGAGGAGGUGACAUCAAAGCCAAGCCUAUCUCAAAGAGCAGAUUCUCAGAAAGGAACAUCAAAAAGACUUCAAGGAAGUGUUCCCCAGGUUCUUGACUUUGAGGAAGAGUAUGAAUGGCAAGUUUUAGCAAGUCAGUGGAGAAAUGAAACAAGGGAAAGAGAUACACUGAAGAAAGGUUCCCUGUGUGAACGAGACAAGAAGAAAAGGACUCCACCAGAAAAACGAGGCCAAAAGUGGAAGGAAUUUGGAGAAAGCUUGACUUCAGAUUCAGCUUUUUCUGAAAGUUUAAUAGGCACUGAAGGAAAGAAGCUUUAUAAAUGUGAUAUAUGUUGUAAACAUUUCAAUAAAAUCUCUCAUCUUAUAAACCAUCGGAGGAUCCACACUGGGGAGAAACCUCAUAAAUGUAAGGAGUGUGGAAAAGGCUUUAUUCAGCGCUCAAGCCUUCUAAUGCAUUUACGGAACCAUUCUGGGGAGAAACCUUAUAAAUGUAAUGAAUGUGGGAAAGCCUUCUCUCAAAGUGCUUAUCUUCUAAACCAUCAGAGAAUCCACACUGGGGAGAAACCUUAUAAAUGUAAGGAGUGUGGAAAGGGCUUCUAUAGGCACUCAGGCCUUAUUAUACAUCUGAGGCGCCAUUCUGGGGAGAGACCUUAUAAAUGUAAUGAGUGUGGCAAAGUUUUCUCUCAAAAUGCUUACCUCAUUGAUCACCAGAGGCUCCACAAAGGAGAAGAACCUUAUAAAUGUAACAAGUGUCAGAAAGCUUUCAUUCUGAAGAAGAGCCUCAUUCUGCACCAGAGAAUCCACUCUGGGGAAAAACCCUAUAAAUGUGAUGAAUGUGGAAAAACCUUUGCCCAGACCACUUACCUUGUUGACCAUCAGCGGCUCCACAGCACAGAGAACCCAUAUAAAUGUAAAGAAUGUGGAAAAGUUUUCAUUCGAAGCAAAAGCCUCCUCUUACACCAGAGAGUUCACACAGAAAAGAAGACCUUUGGUUGUAAAAAAUGUGGGAAGAUUUUCACUUCUAAGUCAAGCCUCAUUGACCAUAAGAGGAUGCAUAGCAGAGAGAAGCCUUAUAAAUGUACUGAAUGUGGGAAAGCCUUUACUCAGAGUGCUUACCUUUUUGACCAUCAGAGACUCCACAAUGGGGAGAAGCCCUACGAAUGUAAUGAAUGUGGGAAAGUUUUCAUUCUGAAAAAGAGCCUCAUUUUACAUCAAAGGUUCCACACAGGAGAGAAUCUCUAUGAAUGUAAAGACUGUGGCAAGGUCUUUGGUUCUAACAGAAACCUCAUUGACCACGAGAGACUCCACAAUGGGGAAAAGCCCUAUGAAUGUCGAGAGUGUGGAAAAACCUUCAUUAUGAGCAAGAGUUUCAUGGUCCAUCAGAAGCUCCAUACACAGGAGAAAGCCUACAAAUGUGAGGAUUGUGGGAAGGCUUUCAGUUACAAUUCAAGCCUGCUUGUACAUCGGAGAAUCCACACUGGGGAAAAGCCCUUUGAAUGCAGUGAGUGUGGUAGAGCUUUCAGCUCUAACAGAAACCUCAUUGAACAUAAGAGAAUCCACAGUGGUGAGAAACCCUAUGAGUGUAAUGAGUGUGGCAAAUGCUUCAUUCUGAAGAAAAGCCUCAUUGGCCAUCAGAGGAUUCACACAAGGGAAAAGUCUUAUAAAUGUAAUGACUGUGGGAAAGUCUUCAGUUACCGCUCAAACCUUAUAGCCCAUCAGAGAAUCCACACUGGUGAGAAGCCCUAUGCAUGUAAUGAGUGUGGGAAGGGCUUUACUUACAACAGGAAUCUUAUUGAACAUCAGAGAAUUCACAGUGGGGAAAAAACCUAUGAAUGUCAUAUAUGUAGAAAAGUCCUUACCUCUAGUAGAAAUCUUAUGGUACAUCAAAGAAUCCAUACUGGAGAGAAACCUUAUAAAUGUAAUGAGUGUGGAAAAGACUUCAGUCAGAAUAAAAACCUUGUUGUACAUCAGAGAAUGCACACUGGGGAAAAACCAUAUGAGUGUGAAAAGUGUAGAAAAUCUUUUACUUCUAAGAGGAAUUUAGUUGGCCACCAGAGAAUCCACACAGGGGAGAAACCAUAUGGGUGUAAUGAUUGUAGUAAAGUUUUUAGGCAAAGAAAAAACCUUACUGUACAUCAGAAAAUUCAUACAGAUGAAAAAAACUGUGAAUGUGAUGAGUCUGAAAAGGAAUUCUCUCAGACUUCAAACCUUCAUCUUCAACAAAAAAUCCAUUCUGUGGAGGAAUUCUCUUGGCUCCAAAAUGCCAAUGAGUCCAAGACAGAGAUUCAGAAAAUCUAGAAUCAUGUGUCAAAUGGAAUAGAAUCCCUGCCUACUUAAGUAACUUUUGGAUAAAUGGCAGCAUAUGGUUUUUAUAAGGAAAAAAAUCAUGAUCACCCCUUUUAUAGACAAGUAUGUUGCAUGAGGAAGAAAGUUAAUCUAGACUUUCAAGACUACAAAAACAUAAGCCAAACUCUAGUUAAAUCCUCUGUCCCAAACCAUUUGUUAUGAACCUAGAAAAGGACCUUGGAGUGAUCAAAGAUUCUGAAGAAAUUGGGUUAUGUUUUAUAAGAGGUAAUGGUGUCAUUGUAAAUGAUAGCAAAAAUAUCUUGGUAUUAAAAAGUGUACAUUUUUGAAAAGGUAUAUAUACGUUGUACAUCUUAAAGAUAGUAUUACUGCUAGAGAAAGUCUCUACAGACAGUAUGAUUAAGACAUCAAACAUGGAGUUGGGUGGGCAAGAGUCUGCUGUUUGUGGACAACUUAAGUACACUGGAUUUGGAAUCAGAAAACCUAGGUUUGGGUCCUGGCUCUUUCUCUUCCUAGCUCUGUGAUGUUAUAAAGUCAGCCUCUAAGUCUCAGUUUCUCUGUCAGUCAAAUAUUGGUGUAAUGCCUACUUCAUAGCAUCGUGAGCAUUCAGUAAAAGGAUCAUGUGAAAGUACUUUAUGAAACAAUUUAGUUGUCAAUAAAGUUGGAUAAAAGAGGUAAUGGUCAAAAUCUAGAACAUGGCAUAAUGUAAUGUUUGUUCAUUAAGUUAAUAUUAGGACUUCAUGCACCUCAAAAGAUUCAUUUUUAUAGUAAGAGGAAGUAUGGUGGAUAGCUAACUUCGGAAUUUUGUACUUUAAAAAGACCUUUUUAAAACAGCUUUUUAAAUGUCUAAGGGAGAUAAUAGAUUAUAUAUUAGUUUGUUUUUGUGGAAAAAAUGUUGGCUUAUUAAAUAGUAUGUCCAGCUAUUAGUAUGAUGCCAAGAAAAACAAUUUAUUUUUCAACCUUUGGAUUUUAAAACUAGCGGACGUAGAGUGUCAAAAUGGAAGGACAGUCCUAUGUUGCUUUUCCUUGUCGACAGGAAAAAAUCCUUAACCUCAACCCUUGAGCUGAUUAUCCCUGCUACUGUCAUUCUGAAUUCUAAUCAGUAUUUCAUCAUUACUGACAUACAAAUAGCUUGUUACUUAAGAAACAACAUUCUGUCCCAGCACUCAACUUACUACAUAAGUUUUUUUACACAGAGCCAAGCCCUUCAAAGCUCUGAUUAAACCAAUUCAGAAUCCACCUCUGAGUGGUCAGGCCCAUUUACUCCCAGUGAACCAAUCAUUCAUUCAGUCUGUACCCUUUUGUACAUUUGUAAAUUUAUUUCUUCCUAUAUUCUUUAUUUGAUAAUUUUAUGUUGUAAUUCUUAGAACUCCAGUUCUAUCACGAGUAUAAAUACCUUAAUAUUAGGAUUGUGUUUUCUAAUACUAGCUGCAUUGAAGUGGUGUGUUGGUUAUAAUAAGUGUUAUUAAUUCAACCCCAAAGUUCCUUGAGGGCAGGUUCCUCAUUAGACUGAAAGGACCAAGAGUGAAAACUGGAAGGGAUCCAGGUUAAAAGUCUGAAGACCCUAUGAGUCAGAUUCUGCCACUCUUCCUUGGACAAAUGCCUUCAUUUCUUGGAGCCUUGAUUUCCUUAUCUGUUAAACAGAAGGAAGACUAUCUACCUCACCAAGUUGUUAUGAGGUAAUGAAUAUGAAAAUGCUUUAUGUCCAUACAGAAGAAUCACCCCGGAUUAUGUAAUAAUUACACAGGGAGAGAUGUACUUUAACAAUGAAGAGAGUUGGCAUUUACCUCCUAAUCAGUUUAACAAAAUGUAACAUUGCUAAGACUGAGACAACUCACAUAAUGUGCCUCUCCGCAUGUAAUGCAAUAAAGCCAAAAGUAUAACCGGAAUUUAUCAAGCUUCUUAGACCUGAUUGCCAGUUUACAGGAAAUACAGGAGGCAGAGGAACAAGAUAAAAGACACCAUGAGAAACAAGUUUAAAACGUGGGAUAUUGUGUAAGAAAACUGGGAGAAACCCAUGGCAGUCCAGUGGUUAGGACUCCGUGCUUUCACUGCUGAGGGCGCAGGUUUGAUCUCUGGUUGGGGAACUAAGAUCCCACAAGCCAAGCAGCACGGCCAAAAAAGAAAAAGAAAACUGGAUUCUUCAAAAAGAUACGAUGAAAAUGGGAGGGGUGAUAAUUGUUGAUGCUGGGUGAAUAUUGAGAGUUCAUUGUACUGCUUUUGUAUAUGUAUGAAAUUUUCCAUUAUAAAAAGU